AUGAAGAUCCCUGCGGGCGGGUCUGCCGGAAACAAGUCCUCGUACUUGGGCAUUCGCACGCACAUCGGAGUACGGGGUCCAUGUGGGUUUAAAUACGACGACAACAACGCAUUCAUCCUCUGGCAAACGCUUUUUCGUCCCAUUAUGGGUGCUAAUGACCGUGGGAAAACCUACAUCACGGUCAGUGCUGUGCUCGUUGCGCUGUCCACGAUUGUGGUCGGUUUUCGGAUCGUUGCGCGAUGGAUGAGAACUACUUUGGGAAUGGAUGACUAUGUCAUCUGUGUGUCGAUUAUUCUUGCUUAUAGCAUGCUGGGAGAAGCUGUUGUUUCGUUCGCAAUUUCAGAAUCGCGAGCCUCAUCACCGGCGGUCUAG